AUGGCGGAGAUCGGUGUUUUGUCUCACAGUGUCACACCCUCUGCUAAAGAAGUUAUAGGAGAUAUUGGUGUCAGGCAGGAGUCAGCUACGUUAUUCUCCACAGAUGGGUCCAUUGAGUCCCAACCAAUAUCAGAGUGUCAGUCAUCCACGACCACACCAGACAUCACUACUAGCGAGGUGGAGUGUUCCACACCCUCAGUUAAAGAAGUGAUUGGAGCCGUUGGUGUCAGGCAGGAGUCAUCUGUGGAGAAUAAUGCAGCUAUUGCCAGUGAAUCCCAACCAAGAUCAGAGUGUCAGUCAUCCACGACCACACCCAACAUCACUGCUUGUGAGAGUGUCACACCCUUUGCUAAAGAAGUUAUAGGAGAUAUUGGUGUCAGGCAGGAGUCAGCUACGUUAUUCUCCACAGAUGGGUCCAUUGAGUCCCAACCAAUAUCAGAGUGUCAGUCAUCCACGACCACACCAGACAUCACUACUAGUGAGGUGGAGUGUUCCACACCCUCAGUUAAAGAAGUGAUUGGAGCCGUUGGUGUCAGGCAGGAGUCAUCUGUGGAGAAUAAUGCAGCUAUUGCCAGUGACUCCCAACCAAGAUCAGAGUGUCAGUCAUCCACGACCACACCCAACAUCACUGCUUGUGAGAGUGUUACACCCUCUGCUAAAGAAGUUAUAGGAGAUAUUGGUGUCAGGCAGGAGUCAGCUACGUUAUUCUCCACAGAUGGGUCCAUUGAGUCCCAACCAAUAUCAGAGUGUCAGUCAUCCACGACCACACCAGACAUCACUACUAGUGAGGUGGAGUGUUCCACACCCACAGUUAAAGAAGUGAUUGGAGCCGUUGGUGUCAGGCAGGAGUCAUCUGUGGAGAAUAAUGCAGCUAUUGCCAGUGAUUGGAGGUAUUGGUGUCAGGCAGGAGUCAGCUGCGUUACUUUCCACAGAUGUGGCCAGUGCUAGGCGGUGUAUGAAGAGGCCGUGGACGCAGGAGGAGACUGAUGCGGUCUUCAAACACAUGAAAGUUUUUAUUGAAAAUGGGUUGACAGUUACUAAGGAGUAGUGCAAUUAUUGCAAGAAUAAAGAAGCUCCUAUCCUGGACAACAGAA